UGGAACUAGCUACGUGAGUCAUGUACUCAUGUUUGAAAUAUAUUAUUUCCUGAUGAAGGUGUCAUAGCUUUGGGUGGACGUAAGAACAUGCUUGGAGGUGAUUGGUAAUUUAAGAUUAAUCUUUGUUGCAACAUAGCUUCUUGCCAGGAAUUAUCGGAACAUUUUUACCAAGUAAUUGCUUUUUUUUCUUUGAGCUGUAGUUUGUUAACCAACUAGAUGCACCAUUUUUGACAAAGAAGGCCCCUUACUGUCCAUUUUCUUUGCAUCCUCGUGCGGAUUUUUACACGCCCGUUUUCUGUAGCAGGCGCCUACAUGCUCAUGUUAGAGUUAAUGGAGGAUGAAGUGUGACCGUACUAUCUCCUUGUGUCUACAACGACGUGUGCCAGUACUGUCUCCUUGACCGGCUCCUUAGGCUCUCCCUGUGCGGUAGCGGCUCAAUCUCCGCGGUGCCGUCGAGGAGGAGGGGCUGGGGCAACCGUGUCUGGUGCGCUCUCGCUACUCAUCGACCUUGCUGUUACUACCUCAUCCUUGAAGCCAUGGGUGGCCUCUAAUUUUCCCUUUGGAGUGUUGAAUGCAAACUGCAAAAGUAGAGCUGGUUGGCUAGCUGUUGAUUUGAUCAGGGGAUAGCAUAUGAAGUGAGUAAACAGAAAGAAAGUGAGCAUCCAAGCAGGAACUGCAAAUGCUCUAUUUUAGUCAAAGCAUGGGAAUGUGCACUAGGGAAAGGUCAGCUCUUGCAAUAUCAUUUUCAUGAUACAGUGAUCAAGUUUCUAAACAAUCCUUGCAGACAUGCCUUCCAAUAGUAUUUUAUUCCAUGGUCCAUAUUAGUAUGUCAUUUCCAUGAUACAAUGAUUUACUUUUUAGUUGUAUAUGCCUCCAAAUUUGCUUUACAUGUAACCAUUGUAGAGGAUUAUAAUGUGAUAUUGUGAUCUACAUGAAGAGUGUAGACACUACUAUCUAUUUCAAAUUUUUUCAAAUUCAGACUUCAGUGUAGAUGUAGAGCUGCAUGUGUGCCAAUAUGACUUACAUUUGAAUAUAGGGAAAGUAGUGGCUGAACCCCACCUUGGUGCACCCACGCAAUAAAACAUACCAAAACAUUUAAUUUUUUUUUGAAUAUAUGCACCUUGCUUUUAAACUCUCAACUAGAUCCACUCAUCUUUGGUAAUGCUUGCAGAGUGUGGACGCACAAAAAACGGUUGAGUACUUACAGAUGUGAGAUCUUACAUACACCCUUAUAUAUUUAUGUUCGUGCCAAUUGACCUGCUUUCUGCCGAAUCUGUUCUAAUAUAGGCAUGUAUAAGUAGCACAAUCGUGGUGCGCGUGUGAAGUCUAGAAGCGGAUGGGACAAAGUUGGGGAAGUUGUCUUAGCUUGUCUAAAGGUUGAUGUCCCGGGCAAGACGCAGUACCUCAUGUUUGUCUCUUUUUGGGACAUGCUGCAACACAUGGGCAAGUUGGAGAUUGGAGAAGUCGAUUGGGGGCUUGAGGCAUGAGAGGAUACCAUGAGAAGGGCAGUCAGGAGGAAGCCUAGAGUCUACAUUCAGCACCAAAGCCUGCACCAUAGCAGAGAACAAUGAUGAAUGCAAGGUAUAUUAUCUAGAAAAUAUAUCGCUUCAACCUAAUGAUCCAUGAUGGUGUCAGCUCGAUUUGAUUCUGAAGGCUUCCUUUGCUCAAUAUAGGGAUUGUGACAUGUUUGGGUGGUCUGCAAUGUGGACUUGUACAUUUCAAGGAAUGCAAGGUAUAUUAUCUAGAAAUAGAUCGCUUCAACCUGAUGUCCAUGAUGGUGUCAUGCUCGAUUUGAUUCUGGAGGCUUUCUUUGCUCAAUAUAGGGAUUGUGACAUGUUUGGGUGGUCUGCAAUGUGGACUUGUACAUUUCACGCUACAGGACCACAAACUAAGUCCCCCUGUCCUACCCUCUCAUCCGCGCAGUUGUCGCCGACUACGCGUGUGCCUCCCGUUGUCACCACUGACUCGCUUUACUUCACCUCUUCAUCCGAGCAGGGGUGGCGAGGGAACAUAAAUGGUCGUGGUGAAAGUCGAUUUAGUGCAUCAAGGAUUGGAGGUUGUGAGAUUUGCAAGAGGUGAUGAAGCACAAUUUGUUAUCGUGCCUUAUAACAUAUAUAGCAGUCGAUGAUGAGUACAAGCAUAAGAUGGUUGACAAUCUGUAGAGCAUGAGACAUACCUUUGCAGUCUGUAAGAGGAUCAAAUAACAUGUUUUGUUGACAAGGAUUAUUUUGGAAUUUCUAUAUAACAUGCAUGUACAAUAUGUUAAUGAAGCUACAUGAAUGGUCGAUGCUCUGUUCAAGACUUCU